AGGGUUUUCGGCCUCCCUCCCCCCCUUCCUUUCCUCUCUCUCUCUCUCUCUCUAGUUUCCUCGCUCCGUCUUUUUGGGCGAAUCCAAUUACCACCAUGGCAGACAGGGGCGGAUUUGGGCGCGGAUUCGGCGACCGCGGCGACCGCGGCGGGCGCGGCGACAGGGGCCGCGGGGACAGGGGCCGCGGGCGGCGCAGACGCGCGGACGACAAGGAGGAGGCGUGGGUGCCAGUGACGAAGCUGGGCCGCCUCGUAAAGGAAGGGAAGAUUAAGUCCAUCGAGCACAUUUAUCUCUUCUCGCUGCCGAUUAAGGAGCACCAGAUCGUCGAGGCGUUUCUGCCGACGCUUAAGGACGAGGUGAUGAAGAUCAUGCCGGUCCAGAAGCAGACGCGCGCCGGCCAGCGUACGCGUUUUAAGGCGUUCGUCGUCGUCGGCGACUGCAACGGGCACAUCGGGCUCGGCGUGAAGUGCGCGAAGGAGGUCGCCACCGCCAUCCGCGGCGCGCUCAUCCUCGCGAAGCUCUCCGUGAUUCCCGUGCGACGCGGCUACUGGGGUAACAAGAUCGGAAAGCCGCACACGGUGCCUACUAAGGUCACCGGCAAGUGCGGCUCGGUCACCGUCCGCCUCGUCCCCGCGCCUCGCGGUUCCGGGAUUGUCGCGGCGCGCGUGCCGAAGAAGGUUCUGCAGUUCGCGGGUAUCGAGGACGUCUUUACCUCUUCCCGCGGCUCCACGAAGACUCUCGGAAACUUCGUGAAGGCCACGUUCGCCUGUCUGCUCAACACAUACGCCUUCCUCACUCCGGACCUGUGGCACGCCACCAAGUUCACCAAGACGCCCUUCCAGGAGUUCACUGACUUCCUCGCCAAGCCUCACAAGCUCGCUCUGCCCGUUGCCAUGCCCGAUGCUUUCGACGCCCCCCCUCCCGCUGCCGCCGCUCCGGUUCCUGCCUUCUAGAUGAGGUCGUCAGAUACGAAGGGGCUGGUUUGUAGAAUCAAGGUCCGAAUGCACAUGUUGGAAUGAUGGUGCUUUAAGUACAAGCUUGUCUCUUGAUCUGUCUCCUCCCCCUCUCUCUCUAAACGCACGCCUCAUUCACAAGCUAGAUCACCAAUUUCACCAAGACGCCCUUCCAGGAGUUCAGACUUCCCCGCCAAGCCUCACAAGCUCGCUGUCUGCUGCCAUGCCCAACGACGUUGUGCCACCUGUCGUGGCUUGAUUGGGUACAUUGUUGGUGGGAUUUGGGUGCAAGCAAAGCCGAUGUUUCCUCCCUUAAGGGACACUUGCAGUUCAGUGUUGUUUGGUGGUUGGAACAUGGACGGGGUGAUGUCAAUAGUGUUCAUGAAAAUGUUGCAUUCUUGUGUUGUAUGGUAU